AUGGGCCCUACGAUUGAAGGGAGCGACAAUGAACCACAAGACGAUGAGCUAGAUUUGCGCGACCCUGGCUCUGAUGUCGAUGUCGGUGCUAAUGCUGAUAUAGAUGAGCAGGAUGAGAGUGAACUUAUUGGUACGGGGGAGGAUGGAGAUACUACUGCGCCUGAAGGAGAUGGCCAGGUACAUGAUGACGAUCUUGGUUCCGUCUCAAGCGGUCGCAACAUGUCUGCGGCGGAAGCGGGGGCUUCAGGCUCGGUAUCUGAUGGGGGCGAGGGACGGUCGCGGCAGCGUUCAGUGGAGCCAAUUCAUGAUAGCGUAGAGGAUUUGGGAUCCGUACCAGACGAUACACCAUCGGUUCAGGACUCACUUGUCUCCUCGCCGGGAAGCAGCGCAUUUGCGCAUCGCGGGUCGUCUUCAAACCUAAGUCCCGUCCCCCACCGCCCAUUCGAUCGCAGAUUCCAAUCUAGACUCUCUGUCUCUUCGAUACCGCCUAGCAACCGCUCAGUCUCUCCAGCACUUAGUCUUGCACAUUCUCGAAACUCAUCUCUGGCCAGUCACCUUCGUUUUGACAGUAGUACCCCCGAGCUCCCCGAGGAAGAUUCAGAACCAGCGCCGUGGGAAGUUGUUCGAUGGACAAAAUUGAAGAAGAUAGCUGGUCAGGUAUUUUCUGAAGUUGAUGAUAUUCUUUUUCUCCUCCGUACUUGGUAUCAACUAAUUGAUUUCUCUCUAGCUGUUUCGUCGGGUUCGAUCACUGCUUUAGCUAUCUCUGCUGACCACUCAACGCUGGCCGGAGGUCAUGCGGAUGGAAGUAUUUUCACCUGGGAAAUUGCGCGACCCGCACGGCCCUUUCUGCAUAUACCACCAAUUCCCAGGGACCAGCUUGACUCACGUCGAGCUGAUGGUCAUGUUACUGGCCGGUACCCCGAGCUCCUACCGUCCACCGUUGUCCGGAAACCUAGCUCCGUUCUCGCAUUUUCUCCACUUCCUCUAGGAAACGUCGACCAACCAACUGACUCAUUAGGGCUAGUUGCGAUGCUUACACCAUAUCUAUUGGUGAUUGUUUCCACCACACCCGUUGCUAGAACUCAGUAUAAAUCUGGACGACCCAAAGAACUUGCUGCGCAUAGUGCAUUGACGGCAACAUUGGCAUGGUUCCCAGCUAUAAAGCUUAAAGGAAAAGACUCAGAAGUAUCCAAGACGAAACUCGUGUACUGCUGGUCAAACGUGCUCACAAUCUUGGAUGUUGAUGAAAACAAACAAACAGAUGACAGUGACAAGGAUAGGCCUGUCAACCUCAGGUUCAAGCCUCGAUGUAGGUGGAGGGCAGACGAAGCUAUUGUUGCUGUGCAAUGGAUAAGCCGUUCAGUUCUCGCUGUGAUGACAAUUACUCAGCAGCUCCUUAUCUUGGAAGAUAACUCUCUCCGGGUCACCGAUUCAUCAGACUUGAUUCAUAAACACAUAUAUCACGUUGAUCUGUUUUCGAGGCAACUCCACACGCUUAUAGAGCAACUCAAUGAUGAUGACGAUGAGAAUAAUGAGCAAGACCAAUCCAUGCACGGUGUGAUUGCUGAUGCGUUCUAUAUGAGUUUUCGAGCAUACAAAGGCCGCCUGUUUCUACUAGGAUUCAACGAUAUCUGCGUAGGGAGUCUGUCAAACUGGGCCGAUAGAUUACUAGCAUUGGUUGAGAGUGGUGAUUUUAUCGGGGCCAUCCGACUUGCCACGUCGUUUUAUACCGGACGUUCCGAGAAACUAACCGUCGGGCUUCCUGAAGAAGAUGAAUUACGACACCAAGUCGUACAGGAAAAACUCCUUGAAAUGAUGUCCGCCUCCCUCCGUUUUGCCUUCGGGAAAAAUGCCGAGUCAGAUAUUGAGCGCCUUCAAAAGUCACAGUUAAGUGACUUGGCUGAUGCGUGUAUAUUUGCUUGCGAAGCUAUGGACAACCAUGAGUUCCUAUUUGAAGAUGUCUACUCCUGGUAUGAGGAAUAUGAAGCCUAUGGGAUUUUCAUGGAUGCGUUGGAACCAUAUAUCAUCAAGGGCAGUGUGCGGGCCCUCCCACCAACAGCCGUUAAGUCCUUAAUAUCGCAUUUCGUAACGACACAUACCGCCAGCCGACUUGAAGAAAUCAUCUGCCUCCUAGAAACAGACACGAUGGACAUAGACCAAGUGACAAGUUUAUGCAAAAAGCAUAAUCUUUACGAUGCGUUCAUAUACGUUUGGAACCGCGCUUUGCACGAUUACGUCAGUCCUCUUCGGGAGUUACUCAAUCUCGUACGCAAGCACAAGACCCAGGAAUCAGGUACCGAUAAAGAUCCAGAGGUAAUAGCAAAGGAUCAUGCCAAUGCAUCGAGGAUGUUUCCCUACCUAUCUUACAUUCUUACAUCUCGCGUAUACCCAACUGGCGAUGAACUGGAAGAAAACGAAGCUUUAUCCGCUAAAAACGAGGUUUAUAAACUCUUGUUUUCAGGGAAGCCUGGUCGUGGUGAUGGGCAUGGCAAUGAUUCGUCACCUUUCCAAAGCCUUCGAAUGAUGCUCGAAUUUGACACGCCAAGCUUUAUGAUCAUGCUAAACGAAGCAUUUGAAGAUAGCUUUCUCAAUGACCCAGUUGAUCAGUGGAAUAAAGGCGAGCAUGCAAAAUCAGCUGAUGGUUCUUCUAUAAGCCGUCAAUAUUUAUUAAGGAUCCUGCUCGAAGUCAUGGACUCGAAUUCUUCCGAUUUCGGCUCUAGUGACACUAUCUAUCUUGACAUGUUUAUUGCUCGAAAUCUCCCCAAAUACCCACAGUAUAUACUCCUCUCCGGCUCAACCCUACAACAAGUUCUGGUUAGGCUCUGUCAGUAUCCCAGUAUCGAAAUGCUUGAUGAUUGCCAACUGUCUGCAGAAUAUCUGUUAUCGACAUAUCAUCCUCCUGAUAUCCAAGCCUUGAUUCCCUUGUUCAAGGAGGCAAAAUUCUUCCGAAUUCUGAAGUCAACAUAUAGAACCGAGAAGAGGUAUUCAGAUUUGCUACGGACAUAUAUCGCAGACCCAGAGGAUCAACAGCAUGUGUUUGUCUGCAUCCGCGAUUAUUUACGGCCAAGCUCUUCUCUUAAUAAGAAGCAGCGCCGAGAUAUCCUGACCACAAUGGAAGAGAUUGCAAAGGACUUGGCUUCAAUAAAUAUAUAUGAGGCUGCGCAUACUGUUCAGUCAUUGGCUCCCGAGUUACACGAGAAAUUCCUCCAAGCACUUCAAAAUGACUCUGCAAGCCAAUAUGAAUAUUUGCGUACGAUCAUUGAAGAUGAGCAGAAACCUAGAACAGACACCAGAUCCGCGGAUACUGUUAACCAUGAACUUCUUGAGAAAUAUCUCCAAUUAAUGUGCCAGUACAACCCUUCCCAUGUUGCCGAUUUUAUUAAUCUGACAAAGGUAGGGGAUCUUCAGCUUGAAGCUGUUAUCCCUUACAUCGAGAACAGCGGCAUUGUGGACGCUGCAGUAAUUCUUCUUGCAAAACAAGGGGAAGUUACCAAUGCCAUGGAAAGGCUGACAAGGCAUCUAUCAACGUUAGAAGCCGGACUAUGUGGCCUUCUGCAGAAUGCUGACGAUACCCCUGACUCAGCAAAUGCAGCUGAAGCUGUGACCGACCUAAUUCUCUCAGUUGAAAAAUAUACCCAGGUCGGUACGUGGCUUUGCAAAGAACAAAGCAAGGCCGCAAGGAGGGUCCAUGAGGGAGGCAAAUUCAAUAAAAGAGGAAGCUCGGUCUUUGAACAACCUCUGACAUAUGAUGAGAAUUUGUGGCUUGUUCUUAUCGAAGCUGUCGUGAAGAUUGCUCAACAAAUUUCUCCCCUACUAAGGCGCGGGCUGCUUGAAGACAAUAGCAAGGGAGCAAGAGAAGUCUGGCAAGUGGAAGCUGACAAAGAUGACGAGGAUGCUAGCCAGCCUGGCCAUCUAUCAUCAUCCUUCAGGUCACUAGUUCAGCAAGUUUUCACGUCCUUACUGACUAGCACAACAAAGGCCAGACACGCGCCACAUCAAAAGACGGAUGUGUCAUUCCUUCGCAUUCUUCGUGCAUUCCUCACUCGGGCUGCAGCGGCAUCCCCGUCACUGUCCGAGCUUCGAACUGUGAUUGGAUCCAUAUUCUCUGCGUAUACCUACGAAGAAUCCUUACUAUCCCUCGCUAAUACGAUGCUUGACAAGGACCUAUUCGUACACGUGAAUGAAAUCACUAAGCUUCGACAAAAGGGUUGGAGACCGCGUGGUCAGGUCUGUGAAGUAUGCAGGCGGCGUGUAUGGGGCCCUGGUACUGGGGCAUACAUAUGGGAUGCCUGGGAAAAUGAGUGGGAUCAGCAACACAGACGGAGACGAAAUCAAUUCCCUGAUAGCGACAGGGAUUACGAGAGGGACAUAAACGUCUCUUCGAGGAACAAAGGUAAAGGGAUCGCUGUUUCUUCGGCUCCUACAUCCAGCCUAACGCAGAACGAGCCCUCUUCACGGAGAGAAAAAAUGGCGGCAGUGCCUGUUGAUAACAGUGGGACAAGCGUCAGCGGAGGUGGACCAUCUCAAGCAACCAGCGCAACCUCUACAGGUACUACCCCGGCAGCUCCCGUAGACCUUGGUCCUCUCAUUGUGUUCGGGUGCAGGCAUUUAUAUCAUCAGUCAUGUCUUACUGAGGCUGUAGCUCAGCAAUACAGCGGCGAUAAUACUUCACCCUCGAUACCCACUGAGCCAACCUUCCAUCGCCAUAUUCACGACCGAAUUGAACCCCGGCAGUUUUCAUGUUUACUGUGUAAAUAG